AUGGAUUUUUCAAGCGGAUUAAGUACACUUUCCAAUAUUCAAGAUUUGCAAAAAUACAAACACUUGCUUGACUUGCCCAUCCUCAACAGUUUGUCUACGGAACAAAAACUUAAAGUUGUGCAAAAGGCAAUGCAGUUUAAAGAUUUGAGACUGUUUCUUGAUACAAAGGAAAGCAAGGCAAGUGAUGAAAAGGAUGAAGGAGAAAAACAAGAGGAACACGAAGCCAAAAAGAAAACAGAGGAGAUAAAGAAGGAUGGAGAUUUCGAUCUUGUCUCUGAAGUGUUCAAGUUUAUCAAUUGA